CCGUUGCCGUGGAAACGCGGCGCUGUUUACCACCGAGAACGGGCCGCCUGCGCGCAGGGCUGCUGGAUGGAGCCGCGGCCAGGUGAGGCGGGAACCGGGCCUCCCCCGCUGGACUACAAUCCCCAUCGUCCCCAACCACGGCAGAGAACCGCGGGGGACCCGAUCGAACCGAGCUCGCUGUGACGACGGGCGUUGAAACUCCGGCGCAGCCGACGACGCCGGGCUGGGGAUGAUGGGAACGGCUGCAAAACCAGCGACUCCCCGGAGACCCUGCUGGACUGACGGCCUUCCUGAUGCCCAGAGCCGCCAGUCACCCGGAGCCCAUGGAGCAUCUUCAGCAGGCCUCCUGAAAAGCAAUGGCCGCUGCCUCACCCCUGACCAUCUCACCCUCUGAACGGAAAGUCCCCUUCGGCAUCGCAAAGUCUCCCCGCUGGCCGCCACUCCCCAGCGUCACCAUGCAUGUCACCCGGCCAAAAUCCGCCAAGGGGCGCACCCGGUCCAACCUGAGCUAUUCCCAGAGCCUGGGGACCUACUCCUACCAAGUGCCAUCGUCCCCCCAGCCGGUCGCCACCCCCGGGGAGGAAGCGGUCAGUGGCCGGAGGGCAGCCUCCUCCCAGCCCAUCCAGGCAUUCCCGGCCGAAGUGCCGGACCUCCUCCAGCAAGUGCCCACCAGGACCUCGUCUUCCCUCAACAAGUACCGGGUGCUGCCGUCCAUCAGCAGGAAGGAACGGAGGAUGGGCACUGCUGAAGUGAUGUUUGAGCAGGCUGGCCAGCUCCCAGCCAGCGCUGACGAGGAAGAGGAGGGUCCCCAAGAGCCUCCUCUGCCGAAGGGGUCCACCUCUCUCCUGCUGGAGCACAAAGGGGGAGGCGGAGAGUACCCCCAGCCCCCCUUUACUCCCUUGGAGAGGCCUCAGCUGAAUAAAAAGAGGGAAGGACUUUCUCCCACCACGCUGGCCCUCAACCUGGAGGAGCCCUGUGAGGAGCCCCGGUUGCUGCUGGCCAUCCGCUCGCCUUCGGGGGAAAGGUUCGAACGCUACUUCCGACCCACGGACAACCUGGGGACGGUAGUUGCCGUGGCCGAGCAGAAGAACGCAGCCACCUACCGGCGCUGCAGCAUCAGGACGGUGGAAGUGCCCCGCAGGACCUUCUCGGACCUCAGCCGGUCUUUGCAGGACUGCGCCAUCCACCACAAGUCCGUGCUGUGCAUCCUGCUGGAUGAGCAGCAGGGGGAGCUUUGAGCAGCCUCACAUUAAACCCCCCGCCCCCGGAAGAAACUCGGCCCCUUCCCAGCCUUUGUCUGCUCCUUUAGACCCAGCCGCUGCCCCUCCCGGGACCCUAACUCGCCCAGGUCUGCCUGCUCAGCCAAAAGGGGUGCAGCCUUGGCUUUCAGGCACCCGUCGGUCCCUUUGAGGGCCCAUCCCCCCCAUCUGCAUUCCGCCAGGUAGGCAGGGAGCGUUUAUGCUCAGGGGAGUUUCCUCCCGUAGCUCAGAUCAAUCUUUCCUUCCUUCCUUCCUUCCUUCCCCGAUUCAAUUUGGUUUGAAUCUAGAAGAGUGGCAAGGAAACCACUCACAAUCGGCGCAGGGCCAGCAGGAGCUCCCCACAGUGUGCCUUUUGCUCCAAAUUCUCUCUUGCGCAACAGGGAAAGUGCAGAUAAUCCUUUUUUGGGGUGGGGGUGGAGGGGGUGUGUGAAAGCUUUUGCACAAGAUACGAAGACUGGCCUUGCCUGAGGGAAGGCCAGGGCCCUGACGCUCUAUUUCAAGGCUUCUACUCCAUUCUCGUGAGGGUGGGGGGCUAGAUAAACUCUUGAACUUGCUCAGCCUUCUCAAGGUCUGCUACUGCAUUUUUAAUCAAAUUUAUUUUACAAGAUUAUGGCACAAAUUAAGUCUGGAAGGAUCCUCCCCAAAUGGGCUUUCUCUUCAGUGUAAAUUUGAAAUUCAGUGUUCUUUCUGGCAAUCAGUUCAGGGCCCUCGGCCAUUUGAGUGCCAACGUGGAAGUGUGUUCGCGUUUCGCAUGGUGGCCUUGAGUUCUGCCUGGGGGGGGGGGGGGGGGCGGCUUUUCCCGAAGGGCUGCUGCUGUGUUUUGAACGAACAAAUCAACUUGCUUUGAUUAAGAGUGGCCUGUUGGUGUUAUCAAAAUGCCAUUUUUUUUUUCUCCUUAAACUGUAUUUGAAUGUUUUAAAGAAAAAGGUUUCUCUGUCCGCAGGCAGAGUUUGAACUCUCAGUAUUCCGCACAAUGAGACACGCUAACAGAGUGGACAGCUUGCCAAAAAACA